GCGGGCGGGCGGAGCGUAAAAAAGUCUAGCAGUACAAUAGUCCAAUUUACAGCGGCCAUCUGGUUGCUCCUUCUCUUAUUCGUAGUCAUGCCCACUAGACUUCACCACAACAGAAAGAAGCGUGGACACGUUUCAGCUGGUCACGGUCGUGUUGGCAAGCACAGAAAGCAUCCUGGUGGUCGUGGUCUUGCUGGUGGUCAACAUCAUCACCGUAUCAACAUGGACAAGUACCAUCCUGGUUACUUCGGUAAGGUCGGUAUGAGAUACUUCCACAAGACCCAUAACCAGUUCCACCGUCCUAUUGUCAACCUUGACAAGAUCUGGACCUUGGUUGGUGAGGAAGUCCGCAACAAGUACAAGAACACCGAGAAGGUCGCCGUCAUCGAUGCCCUUCAACACGGUUUCCACAAGGUUCUUGCCAAGGGUCGCUUGCCCGAGCAACCCGUCAUUGUCCGCACCAAGUUCGUCUCUCGUCGUGCUGAGGAGAAGAUCAAGGCUGCUGGUGGUGUUGUUGAGCUUAUUGCUUAAAUUUCCUACUUGCGACUAAAACUUGUGCAAAUAAAAUGAAUAAUUAAAAAUGAUAUACACAUCAAAUUGUAUCAGCC